ACACAUUUGGAAACACACACAGGUUGUAGUGGGAGUGUAGUAGAGGCGGGCAAGUCAAGGAGUGGCUUCUCAUAAAAGGACCAACAAAAAAAGCAGGCGGCUGCAUUUGCAACUUGAAUCUCCAGCGUGCAGGGCUUCACUUGUUGUUGAAAAAUGUACGGAAACAACCAAGGAAACCAGUACCCCCAGGGUUACCCCAACCAGCCUGGGGGGUACCCGCAAUAUCCUCCCGGGGGAUACCCUCAGUAUCCGCCGGGCGGCUGCCCUCCUCAGCCCUGCUGCCCACCUGGCUGUGGACCGGGUCAGGGGCAUGGACAUAAUCACGGCCACGGUCAUGGACAUGGACAUGAUCAUGGACAUGGACACGGACAUGAUCAUGGACAUGGCCAUGAUCAUGGACACGGACAUGGACAUGGACAUGAUCAUGGACAUGGACACGGACAUGGACAUGGUGGUCAUUGUCAUGGCAAGCACAAGCACAAGCAUGGCCACAAGCAUGGCAAGUGCCACAAAAAAGGAAAGGACUGUCACGGGUCGUCCAGCAGCUCCUGCAGCAGCGACUCCGACUAGACCAAAUCAGCCAAGAUGGCGGCGGAAAUGUGACGUCGCCACCAAACAUUUGAAGAGGACAAGGAUGCGCUUCACCAUUUUAUAUUUGCUUCUUUUGCUACACCUAAAAAAAAAAAAUGCCUACUGUAUGUUGAACCAUUAAAACAAAGUAAGAUGUUUUUUUUUUUUUGCUUCUUAACAUGUAAUGAGAAUUCCUUGCUUUGUUUGUUUGUUUGUUGUUUUUUUUUUUUAAGCAAAUGCCUCCUGGAACAGAUAUGGACUUUGCAACAGUGCAGUGACUUGACUGACGAAAAUAAAGAGAAACUCCUGGAAACUGAC